CAGUUCCAAGGGCAUGACGCUGGAAUGUAAUUUUUUUGGUGAUGAAGAACUUACAGGGAUGUUUUUAGCUGGCUACAUUCUAGCUGAAAGCAGAUUAGAUGAGGCUGAUUAACUGUGACUAGAUCCAGUCUGUUACAAAGUAGUCUUUAAGAAACCCCUCCUCUGGGUUGCAUCCCACCCUAUUCAUUUGCAAAUCAUUCUGUGUGCAGCCAAGAUUUCACUCUCGCUAUUUCUCCUCCUUCCCUAGCUAUUACCCUCCAUGCUGAAUACUGCUUUUCUACCAGCAGCACAAUGUCUUCAUAUCUGAGCCUUGUUUAUUAAUCACGAGCUUUGAAAGGAAACCAAUCAGACGGUCUAUUUGACUGUAAUCCUUCUCUUGUCUGAGUUGAAAUAAUGCUGGGAGAGGCAUCGAAGAUAAGAACAGAUUUAGCAGAGAAGUUACUGUACAGCACAGUGGAGAAUGUAAUGACAGCGACCUGCUAGACAUAGAUUGAUGUGCUUGCUGCUUACUUUGGACUAAGAACCUGGUUUUUGAGACAAAAAUAUUUUAGCCAAGAAUUUUCAAGUGUUUACCAGCAAAUCAUGAAGGCAUGUUACAAUUUGUCUUUGAUAAUGUGCACAAAUUUGAUAUUUAUGGCACAUACAACACCUGUGAAUAAAACAACCAUGGAAUAUACUCACCGUAACAAACGUAGCUUAUUUCAAGAUGGAAUAAAAGUGCUGCAGCGUAAAAAGCGGGGAUGGAUGUGGAAUCAAUUUUUUUUGCUUGAAGAGUAUACUGGUUCAGACACACAGUAUGUUGGGAAGUUGUACACAGACCAAGAUAAUGGAGAAGGAAAUUUAAAGUUUAUUUUAUCUGGAGAUGGAGCUGGCAGUGUUUUCACUAUAGAUGAAAAUACUGGCGAUAUCAAAGCUGCAAAGAGAUUGGAUAGAGAAGAAAAGUCAGUUUAUGUUCUUCGGGCCAAAGCAAUAGACAAAAAAACAGGAAGACAAGUUGAACCAGAAUCUGAGUUUAUAAUUAAGAUUCAUGAUAUCAAUGACAAUGAACCAAAGUUUAACCAAGAUGUUUAUACUGCAACUGUCUCUGAAAUGUCAGAAGUCGGCACCUCAGUCAUUCAAGUAACUGCCAUAGAUGCUGAUGAUCCGUUAUAUGGAAAUAGUGCCAAGAUUGUUUACAGUAUUCUACAAGGACAGCCAUAUUUCUCUAUUGAUCCAGAUACAGGCAUAAUCAAAACUGCUCUACCAGAUAUGAGCAGAGAGAACAGGGAACAUUACCAAGUGGUUAUUCAGGCCAAAGAUAUGGGUGGCCAGAUGGGAGGAUUAUCUGGGACCACCACGGUGAACAUCACACUGACUGAUGUCAAUGACAAUCCGCCUAGAUUCCCACAGAGUAUCUACCAAUUUGUGGUUCUGGAGUCUGCACCUAUAGGGACAGAGACUGGCAGAAUAAAAGCUAUUGAUGCAGAUGUGGGUAAAAAUGCAGAAAUUAAAUAUACGAUUACUGAUGGAGAUGCUAAAGAUCUAUUUGAUAUUGUAACAGACCAGCAUACACAGGAUGGAAUCAUAAUAGUAAAAAAGCCUCUAGAUUUUGAAAGCCAGAAACUUUACACAUUUCAAGUGGAAGCUGCUAACAUAUAUGAAGAUCCGAGAUUUAUUCACCUUACCUCAUUUAAGGAUACAGCUAUUGUGAAAGUCCUGCUGCAAGAUAUUGAUGAGGCUCCUAUUUUUAGUAAACCUUUCUAUGUGUUUGAAGUGAAUGAAGACACCAAAGAAGGUAGCAUAAUUGGGCAUGUAACCGCUCAGGAUCCUGACUCUGCCAAAAGUUCUGUAAAAUACAGCAUUGACCGUAACACAGACUUGGAGAGAACUUUCAGUGUAAACUCAGGAAAUGGUUCUUUAACCUUAGAAAAAACUCUUGACCGUGAAAUGACACCAUGGAAAAAUGUUACAUUAGUGGCAUCUGAAACAAAUAAUCCCAAGCUCAGCAGAAAUGUUCAAGUGUAUAUAAAGAUAAUGGACAUUAAUGAUCAUGCACCAGAAUUUUCAGAACACUACAAGACUUUUGUAUGUGAAAAUGCAAAACCAGGUCAGCUUAUUCAGUCUGUAAGUGCUGUGGAUAAAGAUGAACCUCCACGGGGGCAUACAUUUUUCUUUGAAAUGAUACCGGAAUUUUCCAUCAAUCCAAAUUUUACACUUGUAGACAAUAAAGAUAACACAGCCAGUAUUUUAUCUAAAAGAAAUGGAUACAAUCGCUAUAAAAUAAGUUCAUAUACAUUGCCAAUUAUUAUUUUUGACAAUGACUAUCCCGUGCAGAGCAGUACUGAAACAUUGACUAUACAGGUAUGUGCCUGUGACAACAAAGGAAAUGUGCAGACAUGCAGUGCUGAAGCUUUCUUACUUCCAGCUGGACUGAGCACCGGUGCAUUAGUUGCAAUUUUACUUUGCAUCAUCAUACUUCUCACAUUAGUAGUCCUUUCUGCAGCUCUAAAGAAGCAUAGGAAAAAAGAACCACUAAUAUUUUCAAAGGAUGAUGUGCGAGAUAAUGUUGUGACCUAUAAUGAUGAAGGAGGAGGUGAGGAGGAUACGCAAGCUUUUGAUAUUGGAGCACUAAGAAAUCCCGCUAGAGAGGAAAAUAAACUUAGAAGAGAUAUCAUCCCUGACACUAUAUUUCAUAUACAAAGGACAGUUCCUCUGUGGGAAAAUAUUGAUGUUCAAGAUUUUAUUCAACGAAGAAUAAAUGAAAAUGAUGCAGAUGCAACUGCUCCUCCAUAUGACUCACUUGCAACCUAUGCCUAUGAAGGUAAUGACUCCGUCGCUGAAUCGCUAAGCUCUUUGGAAUCCCUUGUGGUUGAUGAGAAUCAUGAUUAUCGAUAUCUCAAUGACUGGGGGCCUCGAUUCAAGAAGCUUGCAGAUAUGUAUGGUGGGAAUGAAAGCGACUGAUUCAAAGGAAUGUCUACUAUGGCUGUCGUCUAGUAAUGAUGAACUAUGCAAAAAUUCUAUAGAAUACAUUUUACAAAGUUACUUAUUGUAGAUAUAGUCGGAACUAUUUUCUUAUCAUGGUUACAAAAAGGAAUAACAAGCUGAGAUUGAUGCUUAAUCUAAAGGAGGGUAAUACGAAUUCAUGGGAAUACUGUUAUGUGCCUUUAAUGUUAUUUCUAUUUUUCAGCUUGCACACAACAGAAAAUUAAUAAAUAAAAGGCAGGCAUAUGAUAUAAAAUUUAACCAAAAAGAUAUAUUAAGCAUUACAAGUAUUUGGGGAAAAAAUAGUUGUGAAUGUUAUUUAUUCGAUUAGAAUGUCUGUGAUUGUAUGAUCGCUCUAUUUUUAUAAAUGUAAAGCUAUAUUUUUGUAAUAUUUUGGAAUAAAAUUAAAUGUAAUACAUAAAGUAUUUGCAUUAUAAAAAAAAAGAUAUAUUUCAAGUUUCCAAUUGGGCUUACAUGUAUA